CAACAACACGAAGAAAUGGAAGCCUAUUGCUGGUGGAAAUCAAUAACCUAUGGACAGAGCCAAUACAGGGAACUAAUCAUUUAGUUCAGUCAUUUGACAGAGGAAAAGGAUAUUACUUGGAAGCUGAAUUAGUAGUCGAUUAUACACCUAGUGGACAUCGGCAAACAAUAUUCACUAGUCUAAUUGGGGCCAAUGAGUAGUCUUUACUUGAACAUUGCUUCCUAUCAGGAUAUUUUCUUCUACCAUGUUGGAACGAUAUCUAAACACUAGUUGCAAUUAAUUAUGGCCAUCUUUUUCUUUUUUUUUUUGCUAAAAAAAACAGAGGGGGGGAGGGGGGAGCCUCACCCGCGUAGCAACCCCCACUGAGCUCUCUUCCAUCAGAAAAUGUUUGAUGCAGAUAGAAAGUUUGCUCAUAUCCUCCCUGACCUGUGCGUUACUCCAUAUGUGAGUACAUCACCCGGCGCCACCACAGUGCCAGCUGGACCAGAUGACGCUCCCUGGUGGAAACAAAGCUUCGUUCCAACUGUGCUACUACCUUGGUGGCAUGGCCAUCUUCUUUGACCCUUCAACCUGAAGCCACUUGGAUCUUCACGCCAACUCUAGGCCAAUGUUGAAGCACACUGAGCUUCCAAAAACAAUAUAUCCCAUUUUAUUUGCAAGGGCAAAUUCCAUGUUAUCCUCAUGUCAAAAGCACAAAGAACAAAAAUUCUUACUGUCCUGCUCGUAUAGUAAUCCUCAUCAUGGUUAUUUUUAUGCUGAGAUCUCUUUACUGAUCUUAACUUAUUAUUUAGCCACUCUAAUAUAGUCAAAUUUGUGAUGUUCUUGUUUAUCUUUCGAUCUUUCUGCAUAACAAAAGGAAAACAAGUUACUGAUAUACUUGUGCAUGAUUUAUUCAUCAGACUGGCUGUAGAUGUGUCCCUGCUUCCUGACAGCCGUCUAAUAUUGUGCUUUAGAUAGAGCAUAGCAUCAUUACCAGAACAACAAAAGCAUAACUAAGAAAUCAUUUGGUAAAAUCUCAAACUGUGAGUAUAUCAAGAAGCUGGAAACAAGCAUAACAAUUAGAUUAGAAAUUGGAUGAAGGCAUGUCUCGAUGCCUGAGUUUCCUAUUCAUGUGAUAACACUGGAAUGGUAGAAAGAGCUAGGAACAGGCAGAGGCUAAGAGAGGAGAAAGUUGGAAGUAAGAAGGCCAGAUCCCACAUUCCAAAACUAUUUGAAACAAGAAUUCACCUUCUAAUUGAACUCCAUUCAACAAAAAAAUUGAGGAUUUGGAAUGCAUGGCCUAUACCCAAUCCUGUAUGCUUCUCUCCCAUCUCUUACUAUUUUCAGACAUUCACCAAUUGUCUGGGGAUAGCUGAGAUCCAGAACUUGGGCACCAGAAGAGGCCCUACUUGUAAUUUGCAGAAUCGUGUAUACUGCAAUCAAUGAAGAGAAGCAAAAGCUGAAAUUUGUAAACCAAGAUAAUUCGACAAGGACGUUUCUAUCUGCAGGCUCUUCGGCCAAAGAUGUUUCUUUUGAUAAGCCAGGUGGUUGGCCUCGAGGUCUGAAAUUUCAAAUUCCAAAAUUCCAUGAGUGUGAACUUGUGGAACCACACCUCAAACCUUUUUUCACCGUCCAAAAAGCACAGCCAUCGUCAACAUUUCCUUAAAAUAUACAGCACAGUACAGGUUAAAAUUCUGGGGACCCAUCGGAAGCCCCACACUGCAUGGCCGGCAACCAACUAGUUGAUUUGAAAUGUAAAAAUUUAUACCGAAUCCAAAGACACCAAUGAACUGUUACCUUUACUUCCCAAGCUAGUCCUAUAAAUUACUGACUGAAGAAUAAAAGUGACAUAGUGGAGCUUAAAAGGAAAUACAUACAAUUUGUAUCGACAAAUAGAGGACAUCAACGCUAAAGGAGAAAAGAGUUUCAGAUGCAUUUGCUCUUUGGGCCACUCGCCUUUAAAGAGAAGUCUUUCGCUAUUGACCUGGAUGGUUGGAGGAAAUGCUAAACUGGAUGAUAGUUACAGUCACUCUGUGAGGGCAACUGGAGUUUAAACAAGGAGCCGCACCUACUUGUCAAGAUCAAAUAAAAAAGGGGAUAUAUAUUCCUGCUUAUACUUUUCCUGAAAGAGGAAUUCCAUCUUGAUUUUUCUUUUUUUAAAAAGGCAGAGUGGGGUGUCGACAUAUGCCACAAUGGAAGUUUUUCAACAAUUACCUUAAUGGAAGCUCUCAACACUUUGAUGUAGUAUGUUUUAAGAUUCUUCCUAGCCAGAUAAGCUUCGUCUUCUCAAUCUAAUGGGAUAUUAUUAUGCACAAUCUUGUAAUCUGAUCAACAGAAUUCUAUAUAUACAAAAAAAGGGGAAAAAUGCUCUAGUUAUACAUGCAGACCAUUUGGUCUCACUUAACUGGUGGAAGGGAGCAUAAGAAUCUUGCAGUUUUCUGUUCUAUUAAUUCUUAAUGAUGUCUUGUUCCACAGGGAUUAGAGUCUCUCACAUGUAAAGGCAAUACUGUUUUUGUCUCUCCUCUUAUGUCAAAACUAUGUCGAUGGGCAAAGGAUAUAGUUCAGGUUCUGGAGAUCAAAAUAGGACCAUAUAGGCCAUUAAAUGAUGCAUAAAUUAUUCACCUUAAGAUGACUACAGUUAGAUUCUCUCGGAAUAAUUUAGUCAAGUUAUCUGGGGUAAAUGAGCACAAUAGUCUAGGCAUGAAAAAAUCAGCGACCUAAAUAGUAAUGUUUUGAGCUACCUCUAGUCCUCAACACAUAUUCAUUAAUGAAGACUUUGGAUGCAUGAGGAAUGGCCAUAUGAGCUUUCCCCAGCCUAGGAUGAGGCAAGAUAUGGUGAAUGAAUAUAAUCCAAGUCAGGUUAAGGAUUCAUGACGAGAGUCUAGACAAACUACAAAAGAUAGCAGAUAUGAAACCUGUAGACAAACUACAGAAGAGAGUAGAUAUGAAACCUUUGCAACCAUAUAGGCACAUAGAGAAUAAGCAUAUUACUAACAUAAACAAGUGUUAAGUUAUGAGAUAUUACCUAUAAUCAAAGGUUUUGACCUUGUAAAUACAUCAGAUUCCUACACAAGCCAAAUAAAUGAAUUUGUAGAUGCAAAUUACUAAUGUAAAAAUGCACACAUGUACAAAAAUGAAUGCAGAGACAUACAUAAUCAUGUGCAUGCAUACAUGUAUAAUAUUAUAGUAACGAGCAGAUUCAAAGAUAACUGAAAGUCAAGUAGUCCAACAUGAGCAACUAUGAAGUAUGAAAGAAACUAUUCUUUCUGAUCUUAAUAUUGUAUAUUUGCACCAAAUUCAAGUGCAACAGUUGGUGAUUGACUGAUGGCUUCAGAUGAAUGUUGAUUGAAUGGGGUCCACUUCUUUUCUGCUAUGUUGUUGAAUAAGUACCAAUCUUAACAGAGGAGACAAAAGGGAAUUACAUGCUUAUUCCAAAUUCUGUACCUUGCUUUCAAACAGUACAAAGAAAGCAUCAAUUAACAGUAUGUAUUAGUUUUUCAAAUAUGAUGUUCUGUUUCUCAAUGCAUCAGUCAAAGAACCUUAAGAAUUUCUAUCAUUAAUAUAUACAAAAUUCCUGAAAUUCUACCUCUUAUGGUCCCAAACCAGAAUAUAUACCAUUGUAAUAUUUUAAGUCGCACAUGAUGACUCAUGGAAUGCCAAAGCAUCAUGGAACAAUCACCAAGCAUGACCCUUUGAAGGCCCAAAGAAACAAGCGUUCCACAUGCAGUGCAUCUAAGAAAUGAGUUGUUUCAAAAAGUUCAAUGAAUCAGGAACUCCAAAGAUUUUAAGAAAUAUCAAGUGGCAAACUGUUGUAUCAGAAUUUCCCUUGGAGGGGAAAAAGGUUUUUCUUUUUCUGCAGAGAUCAAUCUAGAAAUAGAUUGUUAUAGAUAUAUUCCUUUACAUAUAUCACAAGUGAAAUCUGGAGCACGAAAAGUUGUCAGUGGCCUGAGAAUUGACAACAAAAGUUGACAGGGGCCACAAGAAACUAAAGCAAAUACAAUGUAUCAUAUCAAUUGCCUUGAAGAUUGGAUAAGGUUGAGUGUUCGUUCCAAAUAUUCCAAAUACUUUUGAGCCUUAUAAAGAGAACCUAGAAUGCACUCCUUAUUGUUGUGAGAAGGAAUGAAAGCCAAAGUUCAUUCCCUAAGAGCAGAAGAACUUUGGAAGCCGGCACAAUAGAAGCAAAUCAGUGUAGGCACUAGCAGCUUCCACAUAAAUUUCCAGCACAUAAAAGGAAAUAAAGCAGGAAAUGUAUCAUCAACAUCAAGGAAAGAAUGACCUGUUCACUUCUAGGGCAGCCUUUCCACCAGAAAGGCAUCUAUACCUACAAGGAGGAAAUGCUCCAGGAAAUUCAGGACUAAUUCUCUCAACUGAUGCUAAGCCUAGACUGAAAUGGACCCCAGAGCUCCAUCAACGUUUUAUAGAAGCAGUGAAUCAACUGGGUGGAGCAGACAAGGCUACUCCAAAAACAGUUAUGAGGCUUAUGGGCAUUCCAGGACUGACCUUAUAUCACCUAAAAAGCCAUCUUCAGAAAUACAGGCUUAGUAAAAAUCUUCAAGCUCAAGUUAAUACUGGGAGCACCAAGAAUGUUACAGGAUCCGUGAUAGCAGCUGACAGGACAUCUGAAGUGAGUGGAGCACUAAUGGACACUACAAACAUUGUGUCUCAUUCAAACAAAACCAUGCAGAUAAGCAAAGCACUUCAGAUGAAUAUUGAAGCGCAAAGACAGCUGCAUGAGCAACUUGAGGUCCAAAGGCACUUACAGCUCCGGAUAGAGGCCCAGGGUAAAUACUUGCAAUCAGUGCUGGAGAAGGCCCAAGAGACUCUUGGCAAGCCGAGCGUGGGUUCUGUAGGGCUGGAAGCUGCCAAAGUGCAACUCUCUGAACUGGCCUCUAAAGUAUCAAAAGAAUGCUUUGGUACUGCAUUUCCAAGUUUGAAAGAAUCUUCCAGUUUACACACACUGCAAGGACAGACAACCCAAUUUUCUGAUUAUUCAGGGGAUAGUUGCUUGACUUCGUGUGAAGAAUUCCAAAAGGACCGGGAAACACAUAAUGUCUGUGUUGGAUUAGGAACUUGUCCUAGCAAUUCACCCCUAUGCACGCAACAGAUAGGGAAGGAUCCCACACUUGAACAGAAUCAGUUCAUGUGGUGCGGGAAUGUGAAUGAGCAUGGAUUGCUUCAUUCAUCCACAGUAAAAAAAUAUGACAUGUCAAUUUUUCCAGUUGAGGGAGAGUCCAACAUAGUAACAAAGAAUAUUAAAGUGCAAGGAGAAAAUGGAUGCAGUAUUAGCAUUUCUGAGGCAAGACGAAAAGGAAUAGAUGGAGAGGACCCUUAUCUUGAAUUGCCAAACUGCAAGAGAGCAGCAGUCAAGCAAGAGAGAGGAAAUCAGUUGAAUGAAUUUGCAUUGCCAUGUCUAACAUCACAGCUAGAUCUAAAUUCCCAUGAUGACAAUGAUCCUCCUCCAGGCUGCAGACAAUUUGAUUUGAAUGGUUUCAGCUGGAGCUGAGGAUGUUAUGUAAGCCAAUCAGCAGACACACUUAAUGAAUAACAUGCUCCUAUGCUAAUAUUACAA